UGUUGAUGGCUUGCUCGCUUGCAUGCAUCGAGGCGGAAUCCAACACCUGGCAUCCUUCUCACGUCGAGGUCCACGAGGUCCAAUAGUAACGCCACUGUCCUCUCGCAACGACUUGUGCUUGGCGGACUCCUCUAGUCCAAGUCCAAGUUGCUGAUUGUGGCUGCUCCGUCUCGCAAUCCAUCCUCAAUUGGAAGCUGAAGUACGAGCACAGCUUCCGAGACUGCACCUCAGCUGAACAUUCAGGCCUUCACACCGGCUGCUCUUAUCAUUACAAUGGCGUCGAGGUCUACGAGACUCGGUCUCCAGUUUACACAACCGCAUCGGAGAGUGCUCUCUUCCAAAGAUGUCUCAACACAAUCACGACGAAAUGCCUCCUCGGCUGCGCUCAUACGAGGAAGUCGGCCACGUCUCGAAUCCUCCAAGCUUGCACCACUAGCAGCAGCUCCUCCUUCGUCUACAAGUACACCAUCAUCCUUCUUUACUCCAUCACUGUGCCGAACACGUAAUGCAUCGACGUCGACCGAUCCUCCGCAAACCUCCUCCAGUGUCCUUGACUGGAAUGCCUUCUUCCGCCUUCGCCAAUCUCGACGACGGUACGCCCUCACCUCCUCGAUCAUCACCUCCGUAGUGUCAACCGGUAGCGCGAUAACCGCAUUCUCCGAACUGCCAGAGCUCGCUGACCAGAUCACGAGAUUGGUGCCCACUGAUCCAGUCAUCAGUAUGGGAAUCGCAACAUUCGGAGCUACUUUCUUUGGAUGGUUGAUCGGACCAGCAUUCGGGAACUCGCUUUGGAAGUUGCUUCACCGCAGUCGGCUACCAGAAUUCACAAUAAAAGAGCGAGCGUUCUUUGAAAGGAUAAAGAAGCACAGAGUCAACCCCACCGGCGCCAGUACAAACAACCCGGUGCCGGAUUUCUAUGGCGAGAAGAUAGCAAGCGUGGCUGGGUACCGGAAUUGGUUGAAAGAUCAGAGAGCCUUUAACAGAAAACGUGGCGGAAAUUACUCCUCAACUGUGUAGACUUCAAAGCAGUCAAACCUGCUGUCUACAAUGAGAGCUCUAAUGGCCGUCCGGGACUCUUCCGCUCGACGACACGAUUUGGCAGCCCAGGGUGCAUUGGAUUGCUGAAAAGGGAAGCUUUUUGCUGUGUAAUACCAUGAGUAUCACAUUGGUUGUACAAUACUCGACACUCCGAUAUGAUGAGAUUGAAGAAAAUGAUACCCUCUCCGGAGUUCUCCAUUCACACGAGUGUAAUCAGAUGAGGUCUAGACAUCUGCCCGCAUCUUGUGUGCCAUACAACUAUGUUGGGAGGCUCACAUCACUGAAUCGUGCUCAAAAAAUCUCGGAGCAGUUGGGAUGUCCUUCUGCGAAGGCCGGAAACUUGCAUCGACACGCAAGUCCUGAUGAAAGCCCAGACUGCUAUCAGACCAUGCCACAUGCGUCGCCCACCGGAUUCCUGGCUCUCUUCUAAGGCAAGCAUUCAUCAAUGUCGACACGGACGGUUUACAGUGGCAAAAAUACAGUAACAAGGGUGGAAGCUGUUUCUGCCAGUGCUUUGCUCGGUUAUAGACACGUACGACAGCACCGAACACAUCUUGAUCCAUCCGGGUGUAGCACGCGCUUGGUGUUCUUUUUCGCUGAAGUAUCCCCGACAUAUCCUUGGAGGCUGUUACGGAGUACAUACCUACAGUAGGUAGUAUGCUAGAUCACAUCGAUGACAUCUGUGCUUGCUUGUACGGAGACCUUUCCGACGCAGCUACACAAUAAUCCCA